CUGUACUUGAGUAUGAUGGAGGAAUCUGAGCCGCUGUCGGCCUCAAAGUCAGAGGAGAGGCUUAACGGACACUGCAGGUGGAGCACUCCCACUCAGAACCUGCAGUCGAAGGUGGUGGAAGACUUCAGACGGAGGCUCAAGUACUUCUUCAUGAACCCCUGUGAGAAAUACAGAGCCAGAGGUCGCAAGCCAUGGAAACUGAUGUUACAAAUAUUUAAAAUUGCACUCAUCACAGCCCAGUUGGUCUCUUUCGGCCUGAGCAACGAAAUGAUGGUCACCUUCAAAGACGAAAAUCUGAUGACGUUCAAACAUCUGUUUCUAAAAGGAUACAAGGAUCACCGGCUGGGAGGCUACGCACUGUACACGAGAGCAGAUGUGUACGAUCACAUCUACUACAUUAUCGACAGGUACAUCAAUCUCCAGAAGCUGACUGUAGGUAAUCUUGCAUACGAAAGUGUUGAUGGCAAGAACACUCCUCUGUCUGUCUGUCAAGAGUUUUACAGAAACAGCAGCAUCGAUCCUGGAAAUGAGACCUUUGACAUUGACCCGCAUAUUGUCAAAGAUUGUAUUUCCAUAUAUCCUGUGCGGUCGUUCGACAACAGCGGUUUGGACACACAUGUCAACUUCUCUUUAGAUUUCAAAAGGCUGCUGUCGGUGAACAUCUACCUUACUCUGAAAACAAUCAACAUGCAAACUGUGCGGCACCACGAGCUACCAGACUGUUAUGACUUCCAUAUAAUGAUCCAGUUUGACAAUCGUGCACACAGUGGAAAGAUAAAGGUUGACGUUGAAAAUGAUGUAAGAAUUUAUGAAUGCAGAGACUGGAAUGUGGAAGGCACUUCUGGUAAGAACGAUUACCUCCUCCUGUUGUUUGAUUCUGUGGUCAUCCUCGCCUGCUUCAUCUCUCUCAUCCUCUGCACGCGGUCUGUCAUCAAGGGCAUCCAACUCCAGUUUGAGUUCAACAUAUUCUUCCACACUUACUACAAUAAAAGUGUGUCUUGGUCAGACCGCAUGGAGUUUGUGAAUGGCUGGUAUAUCCUCAUCAUUGUGAGUGACACAUUAACCAUCGCUGGGUCAGCGCUCAAAAUUGGAAUACAAACAAAGUACCUGACAAACUAUGACGUCUGCAGUAUCUUGUUGGGAACAGCCACCAUGCUCGUCUGGGUCGGCGUGAUUCGUUACCUUGGUUUCUUCAAGAAAUAUAAUAUAUUAAUCUUAACCUUAAGGGCGGCGUUCCCAAAUGUGAUCCGAUUCAGCUGUUGUGCGGCCAUGAUCUACUUUGGGUAUUGUUUCUGUGGCUGGAUCGUCCUUGGGCCUUACCAUGACAAAUUUCGAACGCUCGACAAGGUGACAGAGUGCCUCUUCUCUCUCAUCAACGGGGACGACAUGUACGCCACCUUCCUGGAAAUGAGGCACGAGGGCUACAUGGUGUGGCUUUUCAGCAGACUUUACCUCUACUCCUUCAUCUCCCUCUUCAUCUACAUGGUGCUCAGCCUGUUCAUCGCUCUCAUCACUGACACCUAUGAGACCAUCAAGCAUCACCAGCAAGACAAAGUGCCAGUGUCCCAGCUUCAGGCCUUCAUAGCAGAGUGCAGGGACCAGCCUGAGUCUGGAAGAUACCAGACUGAUGAAGAGUCAGCUACCUGCUGCCUCGCCUCAUGCUGCUGCUUCGGCUGAAGUGAGAAGAUGGUGGCGUUUAGCUUUGCCUUUGCUAAAUUUGGACAAAGAGUUGGCGUUUCGUGAGACUGAAUAAGGCCACAAAGAUUCCCGAGUCUGUCUGCUUUGAGAAUUUAGUUUUAGCCUAAUGAUACAUGAUGAAUAUCUCCAUACUAAGGUAGAAUGUCUUUUUUUUUUUACUUUAAUUGAUGAACAUUGCUGAAGUAAAAUGCUCAGAGGACCAGUUAGGUCACCAGUGUAACGAGCUGUACUUUCAACAUGAAUAUGCUCUUACAACUAACUCCUCCUCAGCUCAGUGAUGCAUUCAAACCUCUAACCCCAUUUCUUUACAAGAUAGAUUUCUCAGAGAUUACCUGAAGAGGAAUAUCCUUCUGACUGCACAAUAUCUGCAAAGUUGUCGGCUGUCUAUGGAUGUGAAGCACUUGAAUAAAAAGUGAAAGUAGAUUGUGGACCCUCUUGUCCACAGUCAGGGAUAAUUAUGACAGAGAGGAGGGGUAGUGUCACACACACGCUUUAUUCUCACACAGGUACGGGUUAUACACAGGCACAGCUGACACAGGUCGCUCUCCUGUCGGUCGGUCGCUCUGCUGCUCUUCGGCUGUCCUGCGUCGUGGCUGCAGAAGCGUCUCCGUCUAGUCUCGAACCCAGCCUACUGCAAGAGAAACAGAACCAGGCCAUCACCGUGCAUUUAUUAUGUGACUGAUUACCUGAUUCCGUUCAGCUGUCUGGCCUCCAGCUGGGACACUCCUGUCUCUCCCCAGCAGCCGGCGCCCUAACCACACCCCACUGCCACAUAGAUUUACUGAUUUUAAAAUCUAACUUACCCAGACUGUACUGUAUAAUGAAAAAAAGCUACUCAAUUAUUAUGUUCAUUGUAAUUGGUUGUGUUUUAUCCUUAUCUUGUUGUACUGUGCAUUUUUCUCUCCAUAUAUUCUGUAUUUAACUAUAUUAAUAUAUGAACUACAUAAAUGGACUGCUUCUUUGUUGAAUUUUUUUUAUCUUACAGUGUAUCAAUAGUGGUGGAAGAAGUACUCAGAUCAUUUACGCAAGUAAAAGUAGCAAUAUCACACAUUCAAAAUAUACUUAAAGUACCAAAAGUAAAAGUACUGAUUCUUUCAGAACAAUGUAUAUUAUAUUAUUGGUUUAUAAUCUAUUAUUUAAUAGAUUAAUGCACAUACUAUUUUAAUAUUGGAGCUGGUAAUUUUAAUUGUUGUG